GUCGUAAUGUGUUACUGAUCGGUACCCUGGAAAAUGAAAUUUGCCGUUCCGAGCACUUGUGGGAGUUUAUUCUACCAAUACUUUGCUGCCGUUUCUGGUUCAAUGGGCAUAAUCUCAUCGGAGAUGCAUUUCGGCUGGCCAUCUCCGUCGCUGCCUGUGCUGACGAAUGGAAGUUAUCACAUACAUGCCACAGGCGAGGAAGCGUCUUGGAUAGCGGUGGCCAUAUUUCCGGGCAUUGCUGUGGGGGCUAUCCUCGCGUACCUCCUGGCCAACACUUUCGGAAGGAAAACGCUGAUCCUGCUAUCCAGUCUGCCAUUGUUUACGGGCUGGAUAGCCAUCGCCCUUGCCAGAAGCAAAGCGGUUUUAUUCACGGCCCGGCUGUGUGCCGGAAUCGGAAGUGGGAUAAGUUUUACCAUGGUGCCGAUGUACUUGGGGGAGAUUUCGGAAACCCAAGUCAGAGGAUCGAUAUCAUCCAUUUGCCCACUGUCCGUCGUGGUGGGGAUUCUUUUAAUAAACGUUCUCGGCAUCUACUUUCCGAUCGAUACAGCUGCGUAUCUAUCGUGCGUCCUUCCGCUAGUAAUGUCCCUGCUUUUCGUGUGGAUGCCAGAGAGUCCGGAGUUUCUAAUGCUUCAACGUCGCUACGAUGAGGCGAGGAGAUCUUUCGCGUUUUUCAGACACCAACCGGUGGAGUUUCAAACGUGCUGCGAGUCGUUUGACGGUCGCGAACGUAAUGCGAACACCAUCGGCGCUCUCCGACGCGCAACGACCAAAAAGGCGUUAGUUAUAGCGGUAGCGUUGAGAGGUAUCCAGCAGCUGUCAGGUUCGACCGCAAUUAUAUUUUACUGCAAGUCGAUUUUCUUGGAAAUGGACGAAAUCCUAUCGGCCGAUGCGGCCACGAUACUCUACUUCUGUCUUCAGUUUGUUUUCUCGCUAAUUUCUUCGUUGAUAGUGGACGUCGUAGGAAGAAGGUCGUUGUUUUUAGUUUCCUUAUGCGGAACAGCUGUCACGCUGCUUGCCUUCGGUACAAUUCUCUACGUAAGAUCCAGCGGUUACGUAGGGAACUAUGCCCUGGUGACGCUGCUUUUGGCGAACGUAAUUUUCUUCAAUAUCGGCGUGAGGAACAUACCCCUGCUGGUAAUUUCCGAGAUUUUCACCCCCGACGUAAAACCCCUUGCGUUGUGCUUUCUAACGCUGUAUUACGGAUCUCUGGCCGUUAUCGUGGCGAAGUCAUUUCAUUUGAUCACGACUUACGUGGCCGGUUACAUCCCGUUUCUUAUUUUCGGGAUGUUUAGUACCGCCGGGUUCGUAUUAGCUUAUUGUUUCCUUCCAGAAACUAGCGGCAAGUCUUUCGACGACAUUCAGAAAAUUCUUUCCAAUGAGAAGAGUGCCGAACAAGGGAAAUGUUGAUCCGGUUGGUUAGCUCGAGAUUGCGCAACCCAAACGAAAUUUUUCCCACAUUUUUUAAGUAAAAUUAAUGAUUUCAAAUCGUUUGCCUGGAAACCAGAGAUUCCAAUGGUGAUUUCAAGGUAUAUCACGGUAUUUCAAGUGAAGUAUAAAACAAAACACUGUCAAUUUUCUGAUAUCAUCAUAUUUUUUUAAAAUGAAACACCCUGUAAUGAUGUAAGUCACUUUACAUUAUAGUCCACUUCGUUUUUGACAAAUCAGCAAAAAUAGGAAAUUUGUAUAUAAUUUCAAAGAGUGCCGUGGCUGAAUGCAACAACAAUAAUUAUUUACAAAUUAAAGUAGAAUAACCACCAUUUUCCUGAAAACAUUUCUCGUGCUGUCUUGCAGUUAGUAACAUUUUCGGAUUGUCUUUU